UGGAGGAAAGUUUCUCCUCGAGUCCGCACACCCCCACUCCGCAGAUAUUCGUGAUACAUGCCACUGUGAUUCCAGUUGUUUUCACAUCCCCUCGCUAACAAAGGACUCAGAGCUACUGUCUCUAACAUCUCCCAGUAAGUGUGGUGAGUGAUGCGAACCUAACUACUGACACUCCUGUGCCUCGAGGUGAGAUCGAAGAAGUAAAGAAGAGCAGAAAUCCAUCUUGUUUUCAAGAGCAGAAAAGGUUCAGACAGACUUGAGUGGACGUAAAGAACGAAAAUGGUGUCGGCCGGACUAGAGAUCAUGGGACUGUCGCUGUGCCUAAUAGGCUCCCUCCUGGUGAUGGUUGCAUGCGGACUACCGAUGUGGAAGGUGACGGCUUUCAUUGAAGCCAACAUCGUGGUGGCUCAGACGAUCUGGGAUGGCUUGUGGAUGUCGUGCGUAGUGCAGAGCACGGGUCAGAUGCAGUGCAAGGUACAUGACUCCGUCCUUGCCCUCAGCCACGACCUGCAAGCUGCUAGAGCGCUCACCAUCAUCUCCUCUGUGGUGGGCGUACUGGGGCUCAUGGUUGUGAUCGCUGGGGCGCAGUGCACCAACUGCAUCCGCACUGAGCAGAUCAAAGCCCGGGUAGUGAAUGCCGGCGGGGUCAUGUUCAUCAUCAGUGGCCUGAUUGUGUUGGUGCCACUCUGCUGGAUGGCCCACAACAUCAUAUCGGACUUUUACAACCCGCAGGUGCCUCCAUCCCAGAAGAGGGAGAUCGGGGCUGCGCUCUAUAUCGGCUGGGCAGCCACAGCGUUGCUUCUGAUCGGAGGAGCGCUGCUGUGCUGCUCCUGUCCCUCCAGCGGGAACACGGGAUACUCGGUACAAUACGCACCGACCAAGAGAGCCACGCAGAACGGGGAUUAUGAUAAGAGGAAUUAUGUGUAGUUAUGUGGCGCGUAGCAGGCGCUGCGUAAAAGUGACCUGCAAUUUUUGAAAAACUGUUUUUGACGGACAUUAUUUGCACCUGAUGGUUUUUGUUUGUUUUUUUGUGUUGUUUUGUGUUUUGUUUUGUUUGUUUGUUUUUUAGAAAUCUGAACUUUGGAAAUCAGCGGAAGCACCUCUGCUGUUUUUACACUGGCCCCUCAACAUGCUCGGACAACAAAGUCCAUAAAUCCUUUUUGUAUCUACAGAAGAUUAGAACAUGACUGUCAGCCACAAGAGGUAGCUCACAAUAAAAAGGAGCAUCUUUCUUAGGUACCUGUUUUUGUAAGUCUUCGAAAUUACUAGUAUUUUGAAUUGUUUACUAUUGUAACUACAAAGUUUUUUCUUCUCGGAACUCCAUCGAAUAUAUACGCUGGUCUUUUUCCUUGAUGUGCAUUGUCAGCACAAACAUGUACAGUAACUGAGAAAGACCGCACUCCCACACAUUGAAACAUCAAUGUCCUUUAGAGAACAUGUUGAGGACUCUUACAAUGUCCAAUAGCAUAAAGCCAGAAGAUGAAAAGUGCAUGCAUGGCAAAGUCCUAAAAAUAUCGGACAGGAUGUUUUUUUGUUGAUGGCCUACACUUUGCAGUCAACUUCUGGACCUGUAGAUUCCGGAGAGCCUGGGAUCCACAGGUAACAAGAUGAAAUGUCACAGUUCGUUUUUCUGCUGCACUGAGCACCUGCAAAGUUGUUUUUUUUUGCAUCUCUGUCACUGCAUGAAGUCUUCUUUUCAAAAGUUUUAGGAACAAACUGUAAAACUGUUUUCUGUUGGUUUGUUGACGUUUAAUGUAAAGAUUCAUUAUUCGUGUAUAUGUAAAUGCAAUAUUGCUUACCUUUAUUAAAAUUAAACUCAGUAUAUUGUCUGAAA